AUGAAGCUGAUCGCAUACCUCCUCCUGGCCCUCUCCGCCAUCAGCGGUGCCUUCGCCGUCGAGGCGCAGAAGUCCUUCAUCAUCUCUUUCCCCGAAGACACCGCCGACAGCGUGGUCUCAGCCGCGAAGAAGCAGAUCGCAGAUGCAAAGGGUGUCAUCACCCACGAGUACACCAUAAUCAAGGCCUUUGCCGCGACCGCUGGGGAGAAGGUUUACGAGAGUCUACAGGUCUGGGCCCAGGACACCGGCGCGAUCGUCGAGGAGGACCAGGUCGUCUCGAUUGACAAGCAGCACUCUUAA